CUGGUGCAUUACGCUCUAUAGGAAAUGGUCUGGCUUCGUUUGGAAGUCACAGUUUGGGAUUGUUUGGUUCCUGCAGGCUGCAGCAGCAGGUGGAGGAAUGGAUGGGAACAAAACUUUGUCAUCCAUUUCCUUCCCCCAUCGCAUGUGGCCAAGCGAUAAUCACACCACAGCCAUUGUCACCCAUCCGCACACAUCCAUGGCCACCACUCGAAAGAAGCACGUCGUACUAUUCCCCUUCCCCGGGCAGGGCCAUCUCGCCGGCUUCCUUGCCUUCGCCGGGCUCCUCCGCCGAGAGCUCCCUGACGCCAUCGUGACGCUUGUGUCCACCCCGCGCAACGUCGCCGCGCUGAGUUCCUCCGCCGCGGCAGAGUCGUCCUCGAUCGGCCUCCACGCGCUGCCGUUCGUGCCGGCGGACCACGGCCUUCCCGCGGGCUGCGAGUCCACCAGCUCCCUCCCGCUCCACGAGUUCAUGAAGCUCUUCGAGGCCUUCGACUCCCUCGAGCCCGCCUUCGACGGCUACGUCUCGGGCCUGAUUGGCGAGAGCGAGGAUGCCAGCGCCACCGUCUGCAUCGUCGCCGACACGUUCGUCGCGUGGACGGUGGACGUCGCGCGGCGCCGCGGGUGCGCGCACGCGUUCUUCGCCUCGUGCGGCGCGUUCGGCACGGCCAUCCUGCACGCGCUGUGGAAGAACAUGCCGGCGCUGCCGUUCGGCCCCGAUGGCGCGCUCCGGCUGCCGGAGCACCUGGAGGUCGUGCUCCACCGGUCGCAGCUAUCGCCAGUUUUUCUCCACGGCGCGGGUCGGCCGACGGCGUACCACCACCGGCACCUACCGCGCGGGUACCUGACGGACGCGGUGAUCUCGAACACCGUGGAGGAGUUGGAGCCCACGGGGCUGGCCAUGCUGCGGCGCACCCUUGGCAAGGUCCCGGUGUGGCCUAUCGGCCCCCUCGUCCGCACCGUCUCUCAGACGGAGACCUACAGCGACGACGGCGUCGUGCGGUGGCUCGACGCGCAGCAGCUGUCGUCCGUGCUGUACAUCUCGUUCGGGUCGCAGAACACGAUCCGAGCGAACCAGAUGAUGGAUCUCGCCGCGGCGCUGGACGCGACCGGCCGGCCGUUCGUCUGGGCCAUCCGGCCGCCGGUGGGAUUCGACACCAACGGGGACGAGUGGCUGCCCGACGGGUUCGAGGCGUGGGCGCGCGCGGGGAGCAGGGGCCUCCUGGUCCGUGGAUGGGCGCCGCAGCUGCGUAUCCUCGCACACCGAGCCACGGCGGCGUUCCUGAGCCACUGCGGGUGGAACUCCGUGUUGGAGAGCCUGACGCACGGCGUGCCGCUGAUGGGCUGGCCUCUCUCCGCCGAGCAGUUCUAUAACGUCAAGACGCUGGAGGAAGUAUGGGGGGUGUGCGUGGAGGUGGCGCGGGGAAAUCUCGAGAGCUCAGCCGUGGAUAGGUCCAAGGUGGCUGAGGUCGUCGAGAAGGUGAUGGGGGACACGGCGGAGUCCGCGGCGAUGCGGCGGCGGGUCAAGGAGGCGCAGCAGGUGUUGAGCAAGGCGUGGGCGGAGGACGGUGGGUCGUCGCGGAUGGCGCUGCACGAGUUCUUGAGAGCGAUGCAGCUGCAAUGAAACAGAGCAUACAAAUCCUUGGUGAACAGUGUCAUUAUUCCACAGGAAGUGAGCACUCCGUGUCUUCAAAGUCCUACCUAGCUUGUAGAUGAUGAAAAAUGGCGGCCUGCGGUCGAUUCAUUCCCAGGAAGUAAUUCAAAAGGAGACUAGCGUGACGGCUCUGAAAUCUCUAGACAACGUAUUCAGGAGAACCAACGAUGAAUCGAGGCCUCCAGUCAAUUUCCUUGUUGGUUAAGAAAAAAAGACGAUAAUUCUUGCUAGAUAUCUGUCAAGAUUUAGGUGUAGAAAUGUGCAGGCACCGCACGAUUUUGCUCGAACAUUGGUGCUCCGUUCUUGUCCAACAAA